GUCCUGGGUGAGCUCUAAUAAUAGAGGAGGCCGCCUGCUCCUUUAAGAGCCUACUUGUUGAAUAGCUCUCUCCACAAAACACAUAUUGCAUUAAACAUGGUGAUCAAAGUAUUCCUCGCCUCCUCAUCGGGAUCCACUGCGAUCAAGAAGAAGCAGCAGGAUGUGGUCGGCUUCCUGGAGGCCCUUAAAGUGGACUACGCUCCGCUGGACAUCGCCUGCAACGAGGAGAACCGCAUGUGGAUGAGGCAGAACGUCCCCGAGGAGAAGAAGCCCGCCAACGGCAUCCCGCUGCCCCCUCAGAUCUUCAAUGAGGAGGGGUACUGUGGGGAUUAUGAAACAUUCUUUGAUGCCAAGGAGGACAACAUGGUGUAUUCCUUCCUGGGGCUGCCUCCUCCUCCUGGGUCAAAGGAAGCAGAACAGUCCGACAAGCCACUCAUUGUGAACGGGAACCAUGCUGAGGAAACUAAUGCAGAGGAGAUCCUUGAUGAAUCAAUAGCGGUCCCAGUGGAGGAGCGAAAUGGGAAUGCACACACAGAAGAGGAGGAGGAGUUGGAGGCAGUUGAGGGUGACGAGGAGGAGGUAGCAGAAGGAGAGACUGCAAAUGAUGAAGUCACGGAAGCAGACGAGGCCCCCGCAGACAAGGAGGAGGAGGAGGAGGCAAUGGAGGAAACGGACGAGGUCACAGAAGACACACAGGCCCAAGCAGAGGAGGAAGAAGAACAGGAGGAAGAGGAUUUGCAGUCAGAGGAGGAAGAAGAGCUUCGACAGCUUGAGGAAGAAGAAGUAGAAGAAGAAGACCUGGAAGAAACAAAGGAGGAAGAGGCUGAGUAGUUAAAGCCAGGUGACCUUGUUGAUGCUGACUUGCUUCAAUCCAGCCUGACGGAGCCUCCCGUUACGUCUCUCCCUGACCCCUUGAUGCUCGAACCCCAUCCACCUCUUUCCCCAAGGCCACACUGGACCCCACUGGGAAACUGACGGCCAUGUGCUUGAAGGCGCCAUCCAAAAUGAAAAGUCCUAACCCGCAUUUGCCCCCACCCUCUUCCCUUUUGACUGCAAUGUUGACUUAAUUUUUAUAUUUUGCAUUUAGAGACUGUAAUGCGCAGCGUAGCCUAGUGGUGUCAGUUUGUUUUUAGCUUUUGUAAAAUGCAAAACGGUUAUUUUGUUAGACUCAAACAUAGUUCUCAUGUUUUACUUUUAGAAAUUCUAGUUUUCUAACACAAACAGACAGUGACCUUUUCAAAACAUAUUACCUUGGCAUACCAUAGCUUGUGGCCUGCUUCAGAUUCAAAGGUUUAAACCUGCUCUCUAGUGUGUUCUUCAGUUUUAACCAAUGUCGUGCCUUGUUGACUCCAUCCACCAAGUGAAUGUAUAAAUGCAAACCCAGACUUCUAAUGGCCACAUGAGAAAAGAAUGCGCACAUACCGCAAACUACUCCUCCAACACUACAAUUACUUCUCCGAUACUGCUGUCUAAUCAAUGCACUUUGUUGAAUGAAGAGUGAAACAUGUGACUAAGUCUUGGAUGCAAUGGAAAAUGCAAUAAAGUA